AUGCCUUCAAUCUCCACUUACCAACCCGACAAAUUUGUGUCAAUGAGUAAUUGGAAUGUUCCUUCCAAUCUUUCACUUGCUGAUCCACACUUUCACAAACCGCAAAAGAUAGAUCUUCUACUUGAUGCCGAAAGCUUUUUCGAACUGUUGUCGGUUGGACAAAUAAAACAAGAUACUUAUUUUCCAACGCUCCAGAAAACAUUACCCGGAUGGAUUGUAUCUGGAAGAUUCAAACAUACCGAAAGUCCCAAUGCUAAAAUUUGCAAUCUAAUAAGCUUAGAUAAAGAAAAGUUGACAGAUGACUGUUCCUUAAACUCUCUUGUACAAAAAUUCUGGGAAUUACAAGAAAUUCCUAAGGAGAUUAAGGUUAAGAAAUAUACUGCGGAACAACAACUUUGCGAGACAAAAUUUGUCAGCAUAGUUCAACGUACACUGUCUGGUAGGUUUAAGGUGAAACUCCCCUUUAAAUCUGAUUCAAGUUUUUUAGGAUUCUCAUUCCAAACAGCAAGAAGCCGUUUUCUAUUAUUAGAGCGCAAACUUUCGAAAGACUCCAUUUUACAGAAUCUCUAUAUGGAUUUUAUGAAAGAAUAUCGGAACUUAGGUCAUAUGACACCAACCAACGAGAAUUUUUCUGCAACCACUCACUACUUCAUACCCCAUCAAUGUGUUCUGCGACCACAGAGCACCUCUACUAAGCUUCGGGUUGUAUUCGACGCAUCAAGUCGAACAUCUUCGCAGAAGUCAUUAAAUGAUCUACUAAUGGUCGGUCCGAUCGUGCAAGAAGAUUUGUAUUCAAUCCUGAUUCGUUUCCGCAUGCAUAAGUAUGCAAUAACUGCUGACAUUGUUAAAAUGUACCGUCAAAUUGAAGUUGACGAGGCAGACAGAACUUUUCAACUUAUACUUUGGAGAGAAAAUUCGUCCGAAGAACUGAAGGUGUACAAAUUAAACACUGUGACUUAUGGUACGUCAUCUGUACCAUUCCUAGCUACUGGCUGCUUAACCCAUUUGAACGAUAUUUAUCAACUUAUUUAUCCCAGGGGAGCAAACUCAAUACGCAAUGACUUUUAUGGCGAUGAUUUGCUUACUGGUUCGGAUAAAUUUGAAAAUUUAGAAACAAUUCGAAAAGAAGUCAGUUAUAUUCUCAAUGAAGCAGGAUGUCAAUUAGCGAAAUGGUUCUCAAACCACUCAGCCUAUGGAAGCACCGAGCUGUUAGAAAAACCGUUCAAAGUCAAUGACAGUGAUAUUACAAAGGCCCUUGGAAUCCAUUGGUUGCCAAAGAGUGAUAUUUUCAAAUUUCAUUUAGAAGAAAAAUUCAAUCAUUUACGAGCGACAAAGAGAAAUAUAUUGUCGGUUUCAGCUCGACUUUUCGACCCCCUCGGUUUGAUUUGCCCAAUUAUCACUAAAGCAAAAAUAUUGUUGCACGAACUUUGGCUUCAAAAACUUAAUUGGGAUGAAUCGAUACCUAUCCACCUUGACACGAUAUGUAUGUGUCAAGGUGCAUAUAUGAUAUGUAAAUGUGAUUCCAAAUUCCAAAUGCGAAAUUCACGGUUUCGCAGACGCUUCGAUAAGAGCUUAUGGCUGUUGUAUUUACAUCAGCCAUAA